AUGCAUAUAUUGGUAGUCAACGAUGACGGUCCGCCGUCCAGACGCCUCUCCCCAUACAUCGAGCCACUAGUGACGGCACUCGAGUCCGCCGGCCACCGCAUCUCCGUGGCCAUUCCCGCCGCCUCCCGCUCCUGGAUCGGCAAAGCCCAUCUAAUCGAAGCCUCACUCACAGCCACCUAUGUCCCACCCGCUGCCUUUCGCGGUGAUGGCACAUGGGAUGAAUCCUUCCAACAAGAUCCCACUACCACCAACAAUGCCAACGACGACUGGGUGAUAAUCACCAACGGCACCCCAGCCAGCUGCGUCCAACUCGGCCUCCACAACCUCUUCCCCGACCGCGGCCCCAUCGACCUCGUCAUCUCCGGCCCCAAUCACGGCCGCAACGCCUCCACCAUCUACAACCUCUCCUCCGGCACCGUCGGCGGCGCCCUGGAAGCGGCUACAUGCGGGAAACGCGGCAUCGCCAUCUCCUUCGGCAGCAAAGAUGAACAGCCCCUAGAUAUCAUCCACGCUGCCGCUCGUCUCGCCACUAGAGUCGUUAACCAUCUCAUCCAGAACUGGGAUGACCAGGUCGAGCUGUAUAAUGUGAAUGUGCCCAUGCGUCUGGACGUCGAGUCUCGUCCUGUCUUGUGGACUCGCACGUACCCGUAUUACUGGGCGAGAGGGUACUUGUAUUCCGAGGUCUCUGGGGAGAAGGCCGCGCCUGUUGUUAGUGGUGUCAAUGGACAUGCUGCUGCUGCUGUUGCUAAUGGGGAGGAGGAGGAGCAGCAGCAGCACCUCACGAAUGGUAAUACCACGAAGACAGUCACACCCAAGACUGAGGGUGGUGGUGGUUUGAAGAAACGGAACUUUGCCUGGGCGGCCGAGUUGUCUGAUAUGAAGAGGGCGCUGCAGGAGAGUCCCGAGGGGACGGAUGCUCAUACGGUGUUGAGUGGGUGUACUAGUGUCACCGCCCUCCGCGCCAACUUCUGGCAUGUUCCUGGCCUGGAAGGGCAAUUGCUGCAUCUGGAUUGA